AUUUCUGAAAUCAUAGGCAUAAAGGAUCUUCACGCAGACCAUGCUGCCAGUCACAUUGGAAAAGCACAAGGCAUUGUCACUUGCUUGAGAGCCACACCCUAUCACAGUAGCAGAAGAAGGGUUUUCCUUCCCAUGGAUAUUUGUAUGCUGCAUGGUGUUUCACAAGAGGAUUUUCUACGGAGGAGUCGAGAUAGAAACGUGCGAGAUGUGGCGUAUGACGUUGCCAGCCAGGCACAGCUGCACCUAAAGCGCGCUAGGUCCUUCCACAGAAGUGUUCCUGUGAAAGCAUUUCCUGCUUUUCUUCAGACUGUUGCUCUGGAGGACUAUUUAAAGAAAAUUCAACAAGUGGAUUUUGAUCUAUUCCACCCAUCUUUACAGCGGAAGAAUACUUUGCUUCCAUUAUUUUUGUAUAUUCAGUCAUGGAGAAAAAGAUACUAAAAUAAUUUCAUGGCACUGAUAUUUAUUAGUUUUAUGAAAGUGUCCUUAGUUUAGGGUUCUUGUUGACACACAACAGGAACUACUUAAGGAGAAAAUGAAUUUAUCGGGUGAGCGUGUAGGUCACAGAAUGGAUGGGAAGCUGCUGUGGGGCCUGGGGGCCAGGAUUCUGCCCCAGGCCCGGCCCUUGUCGCAGCAGCGGAGCCUGUCCUGGGGAGCGGAGCCCCCGGGGGGAGCCCAGUUCCCGCUGUGCUGAGGCUGCAGGCCCUGCUUCUGCCGCCAGAGGGCGGGGGAUGGCUCCUCCCCUCCCUCUCUCACCGUUCAGAGGACCCAGGAACGGGCUGAAGUUAGGACUGGGUCUGUAUGCUGAGCAGCCAGGCCCCAGGCAUCUGGUACAGCUGGGAAAUGCAUUUAUUUAAGAAUCACGAAGAGUGAAGUGAACAUCAGUAUUUGAGGAGUGUCAGUCGCUAUUUUGAGGUCCUUUAUAUCUCUUAAC